AUCCCCAGCUAAAGCCUCACAAUAACAAACUCAGCUCAUCGCUGCCCCAAUGGCCGCUCAGCAAAUCUCUUUCUCGACGCUUCUUCUCUUCGUCUUCCUCCUCCACCUGCAGUGGCAAGCCACCAAUGCCGACUACGGCGGCUGGCAGAGCGCCCACGCCACCUUCUACGGCGGCGGCGACGCCUCAGGCACGAUGGGGGGAGCGUGCGGAUACGGAAACUUGUACAGCCAGGGAUACGGAACGAACACUGCAGCGCUGAGCACGGCGUUGUUCAACAAUGGCUUCAGUUGCGGGGCUUGCUACGAGAUGCGAUGCAAUGACGAUCCCAGGUGGUGCCACCCUGGCACCAUCACCGUCACCGCCACCAACUUCUGCCCCCCCAACUUCGCCCUCCCCAACAACAAUGGCGGCUGGUGCAACCCUCCCCUCCAACACUUCGACCUGGCCGAGCCCGCUUUCCUCCAAAUAGCCCAGUACCGUGCCGGAAUUGUUCCCGUCGCUUUCCGAAGGGUGCCGUGUGUGAAGAAAGGAGGGAUUAGGUUCACGAUCAACGGCCACUCUUACUUCAACUUGGUUUUGAUCACCAACGUCGCCGGAGCAGGAGAUGUCCAUGCGGUGUCAAUCAAGGGGUCUCGAACGGGGUGGCAAGCCAUGUCGAGGAACUGGGGGCAAAACUGGCAAAGCAACUCCUAUCUUAAUGGCCAAAGCUUGUCCUUCCGGUUGACAGCCAGUGACGGUAGGACCGUGACAAGCUACAACGUGGUGCCUUCCAAUUGGCAGUUUGGCCAGACUUUUGAAGGGGGUCAGUUCUAAGAGGAAACCAUUUUUUUUUCCUGUUAAAGACAAUUAAAUUAAGGGGAUGCGUGAUUAAUUAAGCGAAAAAUGUACAUUUUUUUUUUAUGUGCUUUUGUUUUACACGUGUAAGGGUGGUAGCUGAGGUCUGUAAUUCUUAAGCUGUGAUGGCUAAGUGGCACCCGCGAGGCCGGCCUUAUUGCUGUAGCUUAAUAAUUUCUUAAUAAUAAUUGUAGCAUAAUAAUCUAUUAUAAA